AUGGUUUCCAUCGACCAUGUGGCUCACAGGAUACUGAACUACAUCCCAUAUGUUCUUGUUUUGAUUGACUUGAGGUUUGAAGGUGUGAAAUGUGGCAGGGAUGGAGUUGUGGACAAUCACAUGGAGAUGGGAAAGAAGCUGCUGGCUGCAGGACAGUUAGCUGAUGCCUUGUCUCAUUUCCAUGCUGCUGUAGAUGGAGAUCCUAAUAAUUACCUGGCCUACUAUAGAAGAGCAACAGUCUUUCUAGCAAUGGGGAAGUCAAAGUCUGCAUUACCUGAUCUAAGCAAAGUUAUUGAACUCAAACCAGACUUUACAUCUGCACGACUACAGAGAGGAAAUCUCCUUCUGAAGCAUGGGAAGCUGGAUGAAGCAGAGAGUGACUUUAAGAAGGUGCUGAAGUCGAACCCCACUGACAAAGAAGAGAAGGAAGCCCAGAGUCAGCUCACAAAGUCGGAUGAAAUCCAGCGGCUGGUGGUGGAGGCGCACAGCAGCUACGAGAACAAGGAUUAUGUAACAGCUGCUUCACAGCUCGACACCAUCAUUGAGACUUGCAAUUGGGAUGUGAGGUCUCGUGAAAUGAGAGCAGAGUGUUUCAUUCAGAUGGGAGAGAUGUGGAAAGCCAUCAGUGACCUUAAAGCUACCUCCAAGUUACGGAACGAUAACACCCAGGCCUUUUACAAACUUAGCACCAUCUACUACAACCUCGGAGACCAUGAGAUGUCCCUCAAUGAGGUGCGUGAGUGCCUAAAGCUGGAUCCUGAUCAUAAGCAGUGUUACAGCCAUUACAAACUGGUCAAGAAGCUCAACAAACAGAUCCAGUCUGCUGAGGAACUCAUCCAAGAGCAGAGGUAUGAUGAUGCAGUGAGCAAAUAUGAGGCAGUGAUGAAGACCGAGCCCAAUGUGCACCAUUACUCUCUCCUUGCAAAGCAGCGCAUCUGCCACGCACUAGUGCAGGGCCAGCAGUCCAGCAGAGCCAUCCCAGUGUGUAGUGAAGUCCUGCAGUCCGACCCGCAGAACGUCAACGUGCUGAAGGACAGAGCUGAGGCUUAUGUCCAAGAGGAGCAGUAUGAGGAAGCUAUUAAAGACUACGAGACUGCCGGACAGCACAGUGAGAAUGAUCGUCAGAUCAAAGAAGGCCUGGAAAAAGCUCAGAGACUCCUCAAACAAUCUCAGAAGAGGGAUUAUUAUAAGAUCCUCGGGGUGAAGAGAACUGCCCAGAAAAAGGAGAUUAUCAAAGCCUACAGGAAACUGGCACAACAGUGGCACCCGGACAACUUCCAGGAUCCAGAGGAAAAGAAGGCGGCUGAGAAGAAGUUCAUAGAUAUCGCUCAGGCUAAAGAGGUUCUCACUGAUCCAGAUAUGAGAAACAAGUUCGACCGUGGAGAAGACCCCAUGGACCCAGAGAGCCAGCAGGGUCACCACCAUCCCUUCUAUGGCUUCCACGGCUCACAGGGUUUUAACCCUUUUGGCUCUGGAUCGUUCAACUUUAAAUUUGGCUUUAACUAAGGAAGCUCAUAUCCAGAACAUCUGGAGUUUUGUAUUUUCCUCCCUAUUUAAAAGGGAGAAUCCUGGCAAAAUGACUGUCCUGCCAGGUCAAGCCAAUCGUCUCAAUGUGGAGCAAAUGAUGACGUUAAUUCAGUGACCUUAAUAAACCCUCUAUGGUACUGUGUCACCACUAGGAAACCAUUUUUGGCCUUUUGCACUCACAUCAAACAGGAACCAAAUGAAAGAAGGAGCAUAGUUAAGUGAUGUUAAUGCUCCUGUUUUAAUCCCUUUACUGCUGCUUUUAACACAUGGCUCAGCUCUGCUCUCUACAUAACCAGUGAUUUCAAUUUUAUUUUAAUUGAAAAUACAAUAGUGGAAAAAAGCUUUUGGAUCCCCUUAAAAUUUUACACAAUCUCAAAUAUUAUCACGAAAUAUUUGCCUUUUUGCGUUAUAUAAGGUGUGGCUGCAUCAGACACAAACAUGCAAAUUUUUUUUUACAUUUUU